CAAUAACAAUAAUCAGCUGAAGCAGCUUUUGUGCCACGCAAAAUUAUAAAUUAGUUAUUUUUUAAUCUAAGGAAUAUACAAUCGAGUAAUAUAUAGGACACUGAGCAAGAGAGCGUUGAUCAACAGGACGUAGACAGCAGGCAGCAUGUCGUGGCUAAACAACAGCCUAAACACCAUCAAAGGACAACUGACGAACUUGGCCCAGGAGGUGUUGGCCGACACAGCCGGACCCGGCGACGAUGAUUACCGCGGACCUGACCUAAAUACCAAGACGGCGGUGGAGCUGCUAACCGAGACGCAGAUGCUCAAGGAGCAGCUGGAAAAGUCAUGUGAAGACAAGGACCGUGAGAUUGCCACACUACGCAAGCAGCUUGCAACACUGAAGACCAGUCAACAAAUUAACGAACCUGGCGUUGGCGCUGACGUUGAUGGCGCCACAACAAAAUCGCUGCAAUCCGGCGAUGAUCAAAAUGUGGAGGACAGUUGGUGCUGGGAGCCGGCAGGCGUGGAAGCCACAGCAGCAGCAGCGGCAGCAGCAGCGGCAGCCCAAAGCUCAUCGAAAGCUGGAAUGGUGGAGGUUGCGCUGCCCGACACACCGAAUGUGUCCAUACUGAACACGAUAAUUGCGAAUCUGGAGCAGGAUAAUGGCGAGCUGCGCAACUCGCUGGAAAUGCUCGAUGCACAGCAUGAGCAGGCGAUGCAGAAUAUGCUCAGUCAGAAGACCGAGCUGCAGGCGCAGCUGCUGGAGCUGAAGCAGCUGCAGGCCGAUCGCCUGGUGGCGCACGAGCUGGAGAUGGCGCGCCUGAAGGCACAGCUGGUCGAUGAACAGAAGCAACAGCAGACAGUGGCGCUGGACCGCGAGCAGCUGCAGCAGCGCGUCGAGCAGCAGGGCAAGGAGCUGCAGCGCUGCAUGCUGGAGCUGGCUGAGAUGCAGCAGCUGCUGGAGAAACGGGGCGCCGACAAUGGUGAGCUGAUUGAGCGCGUACGUCAGGCCGAUGCCGAGCGCGAGAAGCUGCAGCGCGAGUUGGACGAGCUGGUGAAGCAGUCCAAGGAGAAGAAGACGUCCGAGUCGUCCAACAGCUCGUCCACGGGCAAGCACAGCGAGGAUGAGUUUAUAGUUGUACGCAAUACAGAUGCCACCGGCUCUAGCUCGGAUCCAGAUCCAGAUCCCGAUGUCGACGUCGAUGUUGAUGUCGACGUCGAUGUGGAUGCCACAACGCUGCCAUCUAGGGAGGAGCUGCGCCACAAGCUGCUCGCCCUGGAGACGCGCCUCGCCGAGGUGACGGCGAUCAAUGCCAAGCUGCAGGACGCCCAGCUGGAGCGUCAGUUGACCGAGUUGGAGACGCGUCUGCGCAUUAGCGAGUGCGAAAAGGAGCAACUGCAGCUGGAGCUACAGCGCAAGCUGCAACAGCUGAUGAUGCAGAACCAGGAGCUGAAGCUGAACGCCGAGGCGGACCAGGAGACGCACGCCAAUGAUCUGGAACAGCAGCUGGGCGCGCUGCGCGCCGAGAAUCGCCAGCUGCGCCAGGAACUAGACUCCAGCAUUGCCCAGGCCAAGUUUCGCCAGGCCAUAGCCGAGGAGAAGCAGGAGAUCACCGACUUGGACUUGGACUUGGACCUGGACAUGGACGCCUUAAGCCUGGCUGACAGCGGCUCAACGCAGUUGCGCUCGCUGCUCGAAGCGCUGCUCGCUGACAAAUCCAAACAGACCCUGGAUCGCACCUACCACCUGCUAAACGAUCGCCUCAAGCACUUGGACAUGGCCGAGCGGGACCUGAUGGAUCUGCGCAAGCAGCUGAUCAUCGCCGAGCACGACAAGAAGACGCUCGAGGCCGACAUCUCGCAGUACGUGCUGCAGUGCGACGAGCUGAUGAAGAACAACGAGGCGCUGCUCAACGAGAUGGACAAGGUGAAGCGCAACAAGCUGGAGACCAUCGAGGAGCACCAUGAGGAGACCAUAGCCCAGCUCGAGCUGCAGCUCGACGAGGCACAGAUUCUGCUCCAGCGCCAGGAGCAGCAGCUGGCGGCCAAGCAGACUGAACUAGAGCAGCUCAGCUCUGCCGAGCACAUUCCGGAUGUGGAGCUGCUGCGCCAGGAGCUACACGACGUGCAGCUGGCCAAGCAGACCCAACUGACGCAGUUGCAGCAGCUCAGGCAGUCACUGCGUGCCAAGGACGAGCAGCUGGAGCUCAAGUUGAAAGAGAAUGAAGAAGCCACAGCUGAAGUCCGCACGCUGCAAGCCCAGCUGACGUCCAAGCAGCAGGCAUUGAGGCAGAGCACAGAGGCAGCCGAGCAACUGCAGGCCCAGCUGAAACAGCUAACGGCAGAGGCCGAGCACAGCGCGGAGCAGCAGCUGGAGGACUUGCGCGAGCAGCUGCAGACGAGCAGCAGGCAGGGCGAGCAGCUCAAAGUGGAGCUGGAGCAGCUACGCGGCCAGCUGGACGAGAAGACAGCGCAGCUGCAGCAGCAGCAGCAGUUGCAGCUGCAGUUGCAAUCCCAGCUGGCGGAGCAACAAGAACAACAAAGGGCGGAGCUGGAGGCGCGCGAACAGCAGCUGAGCCAAUUGGCGGAGGAGCGCGAUCAGCUGAAGGCAGAGCAGCUGGCUGUGCAGUCCAAGUUGGAGGCACUGCAGCAGACGCCGACAGAUGGCGCCGCUGUGCAGCAGAUGGAGCAGGAACUGGAGCAGCUGAAGGCGCUGCAAGCGAAGGAAGGCGCCCAGCUGCAGCAGUCCAUCGAUGCACUGAACAGUGAGAAGCAGGAGCUGAUCAAGGCGCUGCAACAGAAGCACAUGGAGAACACGCAAUACUAUGCCGAAAUACAGCGUUUGCAGCCGCAGGAGCAGCAGCUGCACGAUCUGAUCAAGGAGCGCGAGAAGCUGUGCGAUCAAAUCAGCUUCCUGAAGGAGAAGUCCGACAUACUCACCACAAAUCUGCUGACCGAGCAGAGCCAGCAGCGACGGCUGCAGCAGCAGCAGGCCGAGGCCCAGGAGCAGCAGUUGACGGUGCAGCGCGACUUGGAGCGACUGCGCGCCCAUCUCGUCGAGAUCGAGGAGCUGCACACGCAGGAGAGCGUCGAGCUGCAGCGCGAGCUGGACGAGACGCGCGCCAAGCAUGCGGCCCUGCAGAGCGAGGUGUCCAAGUCCAGCACCGCCUACACGUCAGCCAGCAUUCGAGCCAAUCAGCAGGCGGAGACACUGCAGGCGCAGCAUGCGCUGCUGCUGCAGCAGCGGGACGAGCUGCUCGGCAAGAUCGGACAGUUCGAGGAUCGCGAGCAGCGGCAGCAGGCGGCGCUAACCAAUCUGCAGUGCGCGCUGGAGCAAUUUCAGAAUGACAAGGAGCACGACAUUGCGCUGGCCACGCAAAGGAUGCGCCGCGAAUUGCAGGCCCAGGUGGAGCAGCAGGCGCUGCUGCAAGCGGAGCUCAAUGCGCUGCAGCAGCAGCUGGCGGAGGCCAAUCAGGGAUUGCGCGCCGCAUCGCGGCUGUCCGAUCAGCUGGAGGCUGGGCAGCAGGCCAUCGCCGUGCUGCGCGACGAAGUGGACAGCCUGAAGGAAGCCAACCAGAAGCUGGAGCAGAGCCUGAACAGCAGCGAGUCCAGCCAAACGGACAAGAUUGACAAGAGUCUCAUCAAGAGCCUGCUGAUCGGCUAUGUGGUUAGUGGACAUGCGGGCGACAAGCAGCAGGUGCUGCGCAUGAUAUCGUCCCUGCUCGACUUCAAUGCCCAGGAAUCGGACAAGGUCGGGCUCAACAAGCCCCAAAGCAGCUGGCUGGGCAACAUACUCGGCGGUGGCGGCGGCGGCCCCUCUAACGCCAGCACAGGCAAUGAUAAUUUGGUGCAGGCCUUUGUCCAGUUUCUGGAACAGGAAUCCCAGCCGCAGUCGACGGCGCAGGCGCGACCCAAUCUGCUCAGCAUGGCUAAGCAAGCGGAGGCAACUGAAGCCGUUGGCGACGGCUGCGCAGAUGUCGCAGCUGCAGCUGCAGCAACAGCAGCACAGGCAGCAACGGCCAUCGCAACGCCGACGACAAGUAUAGAGCACGCCACGCCCCCCAUAACGGUAUUGCCCCCGAUGCAGUCGCUCCUGAUGAGCAGCAGCGAAUUCGCGCCCAGCCGCAACUCCAGCUCAAUAUUGAAGGAUAUUCUCAGCGACACUUGAUUGUUGUAGAACCAUUUGGAAUUGUGUGUUCCGCGUGUGAUUGACUUUAUCAUUAUGUUUAACUAUUUUUGUGUCUAAUCUUUAAUUCAUAUCAAAUUGAAUAGUUGUAUAUUAAAACGUGCAAUUCAACUAGGCUAGCGAAUGGAGUCACGGGCGCUCUACUCGUAUUUGUCACUACAGAUCCACACUUAUGUUUGUAUAACCUUUUUGUAACACACACACACACACGUACACACAUACAAGCGCACUUGUAAAUAUGUAAUAUGUUAGAUAUAUAUAUUUAUAUAUAUAUCAUGCCAAUCCGUUGGGCACUCAGCGAGCUGUCCCGUCGCCUGUCCUUGAAGCGCCUUAAAAGCAGCUCGAUGAAACGACAGCGAAAAAAGUUUAUAAACAUAGAAUACCGGAAAUAAAUAUUUAACUAUAAACAA